AUGCCAUCCCGCAAGCGCGUGCAGGUGUCUCCGGACUCCGACGAGGAAAGCGAUGGGUCCAGCCAGCCAGCCAUGAGUUCCUCGAGAAAACGACAGCGGAUGAAUUCAGAUAGCUCAACGAAUUCGGAAUCUCCAACCCCUGCUAGCGCUGUUACCAACGCCGCCGAUUCUCUUCUAGCCGUCAACGACGAUGCGCUUCUCGACGACGAGGACGAGCUAGAGCUCCGCCAGACUCAGCUCAUACAAGAAAAAUAUUCGCAUCUGAUCGACGAAGCCAAUGUGCCCGCCGAACACGGAAUUCUCGAGCGCGUUGAAUGCUACAAUUUCAUGUGCCAUGAUCACUUCUACGUGGAGUUGGGCCCUUUGAUCAACUUCAUUGUUGGAAAGAACGGCAGUGGUAAGAGUGCAAUCCUGACAGCGAUCACCCUUUGUCUAGGUGGCAAAGCCUCGGCGACAAAUCGUGGCCAAAGCCUUAAGAAUUUCAUCAAAGAGGGCAAAGAGAAUAGCACAAUCAUCGUUCGCAUCAAGAAUCAAGGCGACGGUGCCUAUUUAUCGGACGAUUUUGGAAAAACCAUUAUUGUCGAGCGUCAUUUCUCCCGAAGCGGCACCAGUGGGUUCAAGAUCAAGUCAGAGAAUGGGCGCAUCGUCUCGACUAAAAAGAGCGACCUGGAUGCUAUCACCGACUACUUUUCUUUGCAGAUCGAAAACCCUAUGAACGUACUCUCUCAAGAUAUGGCCCGUCAAUUCUUGAGUACAUCAAGCCCAGCUGAGAAGUACAAAUUCUUUGUCAAAGGCGUCCAGUUGGAACAGCUUGAUAACGACUACCGGCUGGUGGAGGAAUCCCUUGACUCAAUUGAAGAAAAGCUCAGAACAUCGUCCCAAGACGUACAAGUCCUCCAAAACCGAAAGGAAUUGGCCAAGAAAAAGCUCGACAUUUCUGACCAACACGAUUCUCUGAGAAGACGGAUCAGAAAUAUCCGAGGCCAAAUGGCUUGGGCUCAAGUUGAAGAGCAAGAAAGAAUGGAAAUCUCACUUACCGAACAAAUCUCCGAGGCAGAUCGGAAAAUCGCUGAAGCCGAGUCUCGCCUCACUCGGUUUGAUGCUGCCUUUGAUGGAGUCGCUGCGGAGGAAACAGCCGCAGGUGAACAUUCCUGGAGAGCUGCCGUUGCAGUGAAUGAGGCCCAAGAUGAAAGGGACAAAAUACAAGAAAAAUUGGACGCUGAGAUGGCCGGCCGGCAUGAUCUACAAGCACAACAACGCCAGAUUAGGGACUAUCUCAAAGCGGCCCAGUCGAGAAUCCAGGAAACCCAGCAAAAAGUCGACGAUGAGAAUCAGCGUCUCGCUGAUGUGAGUGAUGGCGGCUACGCUCGAAAACAAGAAGAAUGUGAACAAGCCGCCAAUGACGCUUCUGCUGCCCAAAGGGAAUACGAGGAGCAUCGGCAAGGUGCUGCCCGCUUACGCGGAGAUGUCGAAAACGCUGAGAGAACUUUGACCGAAGCAAAAGGUCCUCUCGUGCAAAAGAAAAAUGAGAUCAGUCAAGCGGAGCAACAACUUGGAAAUCUCACUAGAGAAGGGGGGUCGAGGCAGUCCGGUUUUCACUUUAAAAUGCCUGCGCUGCUCAAAGCGAUUGAGCAGGAAAAAUCCUGGGAGUCGGCCCCUGUCGGCCCCAUUGGCUACCAUGUCACUUUGCUUGAACCAAAGUGGUCGUCCAUUUUGGAAAGAGUGUUUGGUGGUACACUGACCAGUUUCAUUGUUUCGUCCAAAAAUGACAUGAAACUUCUUUUCGAUAUCAUGCGACGAGUUCAGUGCAACUGUCCAAUCUUCAUCGGCUCUGGUGGCCAUUUGGAUACCUCGGCACACGAACCAGACUCCCAAUACAAAACCGUGUUACGAACGCUUCAGAUCGAUAACGAAUUGGUGCGGCGGCAGCUGAUCAUCAACCAUGGGAUUGAACAAAUGCUGUUGAUUGAGGACGUCAAGGAAGCAUCUGCUGUACUAUUCGACGAUCGACGUCGAGGACUCCAUCUUUCCUACAGCCGAGCUGGAGAACCGAGUCAGGCUCCCGUUAUGGGAUGGACCGAUGGCCCGCGCAUGAAAUCCGAUGUGGCCUUGCAAAUCAACGCACAACGUGACAUUAUCGCCGACCUCAAACGCCAACAAAAAGACAUCGAACAGUCAUUGGUAACUGCCAGUUCACGCGUCGAGGCCUGCAAACAGGCACUGGACCGACACGGAAGAACUGAGAAAGAUCUGCAAAUUCAAAUGCAAAGAAUGGAAGAUCAUGCCGAGGGACUCAGAGACGCCCUGGACAAAGAAAACGCCGAGGAUGGACGCAUUGACGCCCUUCAGGCAGCAUUGAAAGAAGCUGAAGAUGAUAAGAGGCUCAAUGAGGGAUCAUACCAAGAUAGUGAGGCAGCCAUGAAAGCCAUGUGGCAGACUCUCAAGGAAAUUCGGCGGGAACUCUCCGCCAAAGACGCUGAACUUGGGACCCUCCGAGAAAAACUACAAGUUGCUGAAAGCGAGCAAAAUCUUGUGAAAACGAAACAAGCCAAAAUCCUUGACGAGAAGAACGAAGCCGUGAGACUUAUUGACGAAGAUAAACAGACCAAGGCUGCAAUCGAGGCGAGAAAAGAGGUGGUAAAAGCACGGGUUAUUGAAUACAAUGAAAAGGCCAACUUGGUUUCUUCUCGAGUUCCCGUGGAUGAAGGAGAAACACCCGGCAGCCUCGACAAAAAGCUUGAUAAACUAAGCCGUGAUCUGAAUCGUUACAACUUGGAGUUGGGAAGUUCUCGAGAGGAAAUUGCUGCUGAGGCAACCAGGACUGCAGCAACCUAUGAUCGAGCCUUGCAACAACUUGAAGAGUUUUCAGCCUUGAGUCAGGCUCUGAAAGAUACCCUCCAGAACCGUAAGAAGAGAUGGGAGAUCUUCAGAUCCCACAUCUCGUCUCGGGCCAAAGCCCAGUUCACCUAUCUUUUGAGUGAGAGAAGUUUCCGUGGUCGGCUUUUGGCGGACCAUACCAACAAACUUCUGGAUCUACAAGUUGAACCUGAUAUUACCAAAGAUGAUAGCACUGGGAGAGGUGCAAAGACACUGUCCGGUGGAGAAAAAUCGUUCUCGCAAGUUUGUCUGUUGUUGUCUCUCUGGGAAGCCAUGGGAUCACCAAUCCGUUGUCUUGAUGAAUUUGAUGUGUACAUGGAUCAUAUCAACCGAAAGAUGGCGAUUGACAUGCUUAUGGUUGCCGCUAGACGAUCUAUUGGGCGACAGUUCAUUCUGAUCACACCUGGUAGCAAGACUGAUAUCACCAUCUCUGCCGAUGUCAGGGUGAAGGAGUUGGCAGAGCCAGAGCGUGGCCAAACGACCCUAACCUUCCGGCGCUGA